UUAUGUAGAGACUCCUCCCAAAAUCUUGCUCUUGCAUCUCAUGAGAGUAUAUAUUUGCGCUCCUAAAGAUGGUGAGCACGAAGUGACAAACUUUGUGGAGUCAGAUUCAAAUCUCUCAAGAACAUCCGAGAUGUCAUACACCACCACUGCAAAUCACCAGCUGGACGAAACUCAGCACUACGGUAAACAGAAGGGAACCGAAUUCAGUUUAGUCCAAGUGAAAUCAACAUGGAAGCGCAAAUCGGUACAAAACAUCAAUCAGAUCAAAAAAGGGCGAGUAUCGGCUGCCAAAAUAUAUGAAAGUACAAACAGUAAUGGUACCACUUGGACAGUGGUCAGCCCCAUUGUCUUCACCUACAUGGUCACCCAAACUCAGAACCUGCUGGAUCCCAAAAACGACACCUUGUUGACUGGACACAUCAGAGAACCACAGCAGCUGGCCAUCAUCCGUAGCAACACCAAACCCCUCAAGCGGUUUGUAGUCAUGGAUGAAAUUGUGUACAACCUUUACGGUAGUAAGGUCACCGACUACUUUGAGGCCAGAAAUGUUCUGUAUAGGAUCCUGCCACUGCCCACCACAGAGGAGAACAAGUCUAUGGAGAUGGCCAUGAAGAUCCUGGAGGAGGUCCAUAAGUUUGGUAUCGACAGACGCACAGAGCCUAUCAUUGCUAUCGGUGGAGGGGUGUGUCUGGAUAUUGUGGGUUUGGCUGCUUCUCUCUACAGGCGACGCACCCCAUACAUACGUGUCCCAACAACCUUGCUUUCUUACAUCGAUGCCAGUGUUGGGGCCAAGACCGGGGUCAAUUUCGCCAACUGCAAGAAUAAGCUUGGUGCUUAUAUUCCUCCCAUCGCCGCCUUCCUCGACAGGUCUUUCAUUCAAACUGUUCCCCGUCGGCACAUAUCCAACGGGCUUGCAGAAAUGCUGAAGAUGGCUCUUAUGAAACACAGAGGUUUGUUUGAGCUACUUGAAACACAGGGACAGUUUCUCCUGGACACCAGGUUCCAGUCUGCCAUCGGAGUGCAAGGAGACCACAUAGACCCAGCCUCAGUGUCUACACGGGUCGCCAUAGAAACCAUGCUAGAGGAACUGGCUCCGAACCUGUGGGAGGAUGAUCUAGACAGACUGGUUGAUUUUGGCCAUCUUAUCAGUCCAGAGCUUGAAAUGAAAGUUCUGCCAUCUCUGCUACAUGGAGAGGCAGUGAAUAUUGACAUGUCCUUCAUGGUUUACGUGGCCUGUGAGAGGGGUCUGCUGACAGAGGAGGAGAAAUUCCGUAUUAUCAGGUGCAUGCUGAACCUGGAGCUGCCCGUAUGGCACCAGGACUGCACCCUAGCGCUGGUGCAGAAGUCUCUCUGUGACAGACUGCAGCACUCAGGUGGACUGGUCAGAAUGCCUCUGCCUACUGGUCUGGGACACGCAGAAAUCUUCAAUGACACAAGUGACGAAACUCUAUACAGAGCAUAUGAGAGAUGGUGUGAUGAACUUAGUUCGGGGUCACCUUGGUAGAAGAAUGCAGCGGUGACCCUGUUCAAGGUCUCUUGAACAGUAACGAUUUUUACCUUCAUAGAAUUGUUUACUUAUGGGGAUCUGUGUUGUGUGUUUUACCCGUUGUGUGAACACAUUACUGUUCUACAUUUAGAAUUGUUCUUUUUUGUGAUGAAACAAGCUAAAUUUAAGCACGUGUUAAGUGUAACACACUAGACAAUAGACUUUUCUGUGAUGGUAGCUUAAAUGGUUUAGACAUCUAUAAAAUAUUGUCUUUCUGUGUAAAGACUCCAGUGUAGGGAACAGGAUUCUCUCCAAAAAGAAUCAGUCUUUCUUUGGCUCUUUCAGGGUCAUUUAAAAAUAACUGCCAAAGUUUGAAAUGUAUUUUAUCAUUUUUGUAACACUUUCUUGGUGUGAUGUAUUAUGCAUGUUCAUAUUAAAUGA